AUGGAGGAGAAACUGUACCAGUCCCUGUCUCGGGUUCGACCAGGGAUGGAUCUCCGAUACUCCAGCUCCUCAGAGGAGAGUGAAGAACCAUCCAACCUCCAGAAACCCUACAGAGACAAACCCACACACUCACACACACACUCACACACACACUCACACACACACUCACACCCUGAGUACGAGCAGGACUUGCGAUUCACCUACAACAGUCACAAGGCUCGCAGGAAACCCAGUGAACCGCCGAAAAAAGAUUUUAAUUUCUCCGAUUCGACUCAGACUACAUUUCCAACUUUCCAAACAGAACUUCACUCAGCCAAUCAGCAGCUUGCUUACCCUGAAGGUGUGGCUUCUGAUCAAGAAUCUGAGGGUGGGGCUUCUCCAGACCACGCCCUGCGACUGUGGAUGCAGGAGGUGAAAUCAGAGCAUAGUUCCUGUCUGUCGAGCAGAGCAAACUCUGUCCUGUCUCUCACAGACACAGAGCAGGAGAGAAAGUCCGACCAGGAAAACGAUCUUACUGGUAGUCCUGGUGCCCAGUUCACAUUCAGGCCGUUGCCCCCCCCUCCCCCUCCGCCACACGCGUGUACAUGUGCACGACCCACGCCACCCUCAGAGGGUCUGCAGAGAAACACGGCUCCUGCACGCCAACCUGAUCACUCCGCUUCUAAAAACAGCCAAGAUCACCAUGGACAGCCUCAGAAUAACUGGGCCCUGAACAGCAACAUUCCACUGGAAACCAGGCAUUUCCUCUUCAAGCAUGGCUCUGGUUCAUCCACCCUCUUCAGUGCAACCAAUCAGAACUAUCCUCUGACCUCUAACACAGCCAAUCAGAACUAUCCUCUGACCUCUAACACGCUUUACUCUCCGCCCCCACGGCCCCUCCCUCGAACCGCCUUCACCCGACCUCUCUUCUCCUUCAAUAAGCCUUACCGAUGCUGCAACUGGAAAUGCACAGCGCUCAGUGCUACGGCCAUCACCGUCACCCUCGCUCUGCUCCUCACCUACGUCGUCGUGGUUCAUCUGUUUGGACUGACGUGGCAGUUACAGCCUGUUGAAGGGGAACUGUAUGAGAACGGACUCAGUAAAACGGACCACACAACCGAAGGGACAGAAUUCAGUUUCACCGCCUUCGACCUGCCUGGGCCUAACAGCUCCCGCUCUGAUAAAGAGCCCUUGCAGCGGGGGCGAGGGAUCGAGCGAGGGGAGGUGGACAUUGGGACCCAGGUGAUGCAGCUCAUCCCCCCCGGCCUGUUCUGGAGGUUCCACAUCAACGUGCAGCACCCUGAGUACGUCCAGUUCAACAUCUCACUCACCAAGGACGCACUGCUGGGAAUCUACGGACGCAGGAACAGCCCUCCUACACACACACAGUUUGACUUUGUCAGAUUACUGGACGGACGGCAGCUUGGGAAACAGGAAUCCCGGCAUUCUGACUAUCCCAACAUGUCCUCGCGCAACCUAAUCCUGGCCUGGCUGCAGGAGACGGGCUUUGUGGAGUAUCUGGAUGCUGGGACGUGGUACCUGGCCUUCUACAAUGACGGUCGCAAGAUGGAACAGGUCCUGGUCUUCAGCAGUGCAUUUGAAGCGGUGGACGGCUGCUCGACUAACUGCAAUGGGAACGGAGAGUGUGUGGCAGGUCACUGUCACUGUUUCACAGGAUUCCUGGGACCCGACUGCUCUAAAGACUCCUGCCCAGUUCUCUGCAGUGGCCAUGGGGACUACGAGAAAGGACAAUGCGUCUGUCACUCAGGCUGGAAAGGGGCGGAAUGUGAAGUGGAGGCGGGGCAGUGUAUCGAUCCAACAUGCUCCAAUCACGGAGAGUGUGUUAACGGAGUGUGUGUGUGUGCCCCCGCUUUCAAAGGGAACAACUGUGAGCAAGUGGACUGCGUGGAUCCAGAGUGUUCUGGGCGGGGUGUGUGUGUACGGGGUGAGUGUGUGUGCUCAGCAGGUUGGGGAGGGGAGAACUGUGAUGCUCCGCUCCCUGUGUGUUUGGAACAGUGUUCAGGACAUGGUAAUUAUCAGCCCAACACUGGAGCCUGUGUCUGUGACCAAGGCUGGACCGGGAGUGACUGCUCCACAGAGGUGUGCCCAGUAGCAUGUAGUCCUCACAGUGUGUGCGUUAGUGGGCAAUGCCAGUGUGAGGAUGGAUGGGAGGGGCCAGCCUGUGACAGACAAGUGUGUCAUCCAAUCUGUAAGGAGCAUGGAGAGUGUAAAGAUGGACAGUGUGUUUGUCAUCCCGGCUGGGAGGGAGAACACUGCACAAUCGCGCAUUACCUGGACUUAUUCGACAAAGAUGCCUGUCCAGGGCUGUGUAAUGGAAAUGGGCGAUGUACUCUGGAACAGAGUGGCUGGCACUGUGUGUGCCAGGUAGGGUGGAGUGGUGCCGGCUGUAACGUUGUCAUGGAGAUGGAGUGCAACGACAGCACCGACAAUGAUGGAGAUGGUCUGAUAGAUUGUGUCGAUCCAGACUGUUGUGUACAGACAUCGUGUGACAGUGUUCCGCUGUGCCAAGGGUCACCUGACCCCCGUGACCUCAUCCAACAGAACCACACUCCAUUUGUGCCCCGCCCACUCCGCUCCUUCUUUGAGCGUGUGAGAUUUCUCACCGGGACAGAGAGCACUCACAUACUCCCCGGAGAUCUACCUUAUGACACCAGUUGGGUGUGUGUUAUCAGAGGACAGGUCAUGACCUCUGAUGGUACUCCUCUGGUCGGUGUAAACAUCACAUUUCAACAAAACCCAGACUUUGGCUACACACUGAGCCGACAGGAUGGAAGUUUUGAUCUAUUAGCAGUUGGUGGCAUCGCCGUGUCCCUGCAGUUCCAGAGGGCUCCGUUUCUUCCUCAGAGCCGUUCUGUCUGGUUGCCAUGGAACCAGUUUGUCGUUGUGGACACAGUUGUAAUGGACAGAGCUGAACCCAAACCCAAUGUCUGUCACCUGACCAACUUGCUCAGCCCGCACCCUGUUGUUCUCCCCGCCCCCCUAACAAGAUUCGCUGGUACCUGUGAGGAAAGAGGAACUGUCAUUCCUGAGGUGCAGGUUGUACAGGAGGAGGUGGUCAUCCCUGGUAGUUUUCUGAAGCUGAGUUAUCUGAGCUCUCGUGCUCCUGGGUACCGCUCUCUGCUCAGGGUCAUUCUGACCCAUUCCUCUCUCCCCCCUGGCCUGGCUAAAGUCCAUCUCUCUGUAGCCAUAGAGGGUCGCCUUGUGCAGAAAUGGUUUCCGGCGAUGUCUAAUCUCGUGUAUGUUCUGUCCUGGAACAAAACAGAUGUGUACGGCCAGCCAGUGAUGGGUUUGGCUCAGGCGUUGGUGUCUGUAGGCUUUGAGUAUGAGUCGUGUCCAGACUUUGUUCUGUGGGAGAGGCGGACUACACAGUUACAGGGUUUUGAGAUGGUUGCGUCCCACUUGGGCGGCUGGUCACUGGACAAACAUCAUGUGCUCAAUGUGGACAGCGGUAUCCUGCACAAAGGGAACGGAGAGAAUAUAUUCAUUUCCCAGCAGCCCCCAGUCAUCUCCACGGUGAUGGGGACAGGGGGGGUGAGGGCCAUUGCAUGCCCCAGGUGUAACGGUCCGGCCUCAGACAGGAAGCUGUUUGCACCUGUGGCACUGGCGUGUGGGUCUGACGGCAGUCUCUACGUCGGCGAUUUCAACUUCAUCCGCAGAAUUCUCCCCAACGGAUUCGCCAUCAGCAUUCUGGAGCUGAAGAAUCGGGAUAUCAGACACAGCUCUAGCCCGGCCCAUAAGUACUACCUGGCGGUGGAUCCAGUCCGAGAGGCUCUGUACCUGUCUGACACCAGCAGCAGGAGAGUGUACCGCCUACGCUCCCUCACCGAACCAAAGGAACUGAGCAGGAACGUGGAGGUGGUGGCGGGCACGGGCGAACAGUGCACCCCGUUCCACCCAAACCGCUGUGGGGACGGAGGGGCUGCCACCGAGGCCUCGCUCAUCAACCCGCGAGGAAUAGCCGUUGACAAACAUGGAUUUGUUUACUUUGUUGAUGGAACGACAAUUCGAAAGAUCGAUGAGAAAGGCAUCAUUACGACCGUCGUCGGGUCUAACGGCCUGGCCUCCAUUCAGCCGCUCAGCUGUGACUCACACAUGGACAUAAACCAGGUGCGUCUGGAGUGGCCGACAGACCUAGCAGUCAGUCCACUGGAUAACUCACUCUAUGUUCUGGACAAUAACUUGGUCCUGCAGCUGCGUGCGACUGGGCAGGUGCGAGUGGUUGCCGGGCGACCGAUCCACUGUCAGGUUCCAGGUGCUGAGCAGGGCUUUUUCCGUAGAGCUGCGCUCCACUCUGUGCUGGAAGGAGCCAAAGCUAUCGCCGUCAACCACCAGGGGGAGCUGUACAUCGCAGAGACAGACGAACGCAGGAUCAGUCGCAUACAAGAAGUUUCCACCAAUGGAGAGAUGACACUCAUUGCCGGGGCAACCAGCGAAUGUGACUGCAAGAUCGAUCCCAACUGUGACUGUUUCUCAGGUGACGGCGGUUAUUCUCGGGAUGCUAAACUCAAAGCGCCAUCCUCUCUGGCUGUGUGUCCGGAUGGGACUCUGUAUAUUGCCGACCUGGGGAACGUGCGCGUGCGAGCACUGAGCGCUAGCCGUCCGCGGCUAACUCCCACAGGACUGUUUGAGGUCACGUCGGUGGCGGAGCAGGAAGUUUACCUGUUCGACCGAAACGGAACCCACCUGCACACACGCAGCCUGGUGACAGGAGACUACCUCUACAACUUUACACACUCUGCUGAGGGCCAUGUUACCGUGGUAACGGGUAGUGACGGGCGCACGUUGAACGUGCGGCGGGAUGCUAAUGGCGUUCCUCUGUGGCUACUGGUUCCAGGUGGUCAGGUGUACUGGUUGACUCUCAGUAACACUGGUAUGCUGAAACGUGUGUCUGCUCUAGCACAUGACCUCGCUCAGAUCAGUUACUACGGCAACACGGGCCUUCUCGCUACCAUGAGCAACGAGAAUGCAUGGACUACUGUUUACGAGUAUAAUUCUGAUGGCCAUCUCAUCAAUGUUACCUUGCCAACGGGCGAGGUCAGCAGUUUCCAUGGCAACAUGGAGAGGUCAGUACGAGUUGAGGCCUCAACUUCAAACCAGGAAAAUUUCAUCACGACAACCAACUUCUCUGCCACACACACCAUUUACACGUUGCGUCAUGCUCAUGCUCAGAGUGUGUACAGGGUAAGUUCAGAUGGUUCUCUCUGGGUCACUUUGUCCAGUGGGAUGGACGUGACUCUCAGUGCAGAGCCACACAUGUUGUCAGGGCCGUUGCCGGGCGUCGCUCACUCUACAGUGGGCAGGUGUAACAUCACACUGCCAGGGGAACACAGCCACAGCCUGAUCGAAUGGAGACAGAGGAGAGAACAAGCCAAGGGCAACUAUACUGCAUAUGAACGCAGACUACGGGCUCACAACAGGAAUGUGUUGUCCAUAGACUUUAACCAGGCCACGCGUGUGGGGAAGAUCUAUGACGACCACCGUAAGUUCACCCUGAGGAUCCAGUACGAUGAGCAGGGCCGGCCGGUCCUCUGGGCUCCCAGUAAGUACAGCGAGGUGAAGGUGGGUUACUCACCUGCCGGACUGGUCACCAGUAUCCAGAGAGGGAACUGGUCUGAACGGCGGGACUAUGACAACGGAAGAAUCAUCAGCAGAACCUGGACCAGCGGCAAGAUCUGGAGCUACAACUAUCUAGAGAAGUCGGUAACACUACUCUUACACAGUCAACGACGUUACACCUUUGAAUACGACCAGACGGACUAUCUCCUCUCUGUGACGAUGCCAAGCAUGGUCCGUUACACCCUGCAGUCUGCCCUCUCUGUGGGUUACUACAGGAACACCUGCACCCCCCCAGACAGCCCCAAUGCCGCCUUCAUUCAGGACUACAGCCACGACGGCCGCCUCCUACAGACCCUGUACCUAGGCACAGGUAGACGCGUCGUCUACAAGUAUAGCCGCACGUCCAGACUAUCUGAGAUUCUCUACGACUCCACCCUGGUCACCUUCACCUAUGACGAGAGCUCAGGAGCCGUCAAAACCAUCCACCUGAUGCACGAGGGCUUCAUCUGCACCAUCCGCUACAGACAGACAGGCCCUCUUAUUGGACGACAGAUCUUCCGUUUUAGCGAGGAGGGGCUUGUGAAUGCUCGUUUUGACUACAGCUACAAUAACUUCCGGGUUACCAGCAUGCAGGCCAUGAUAAACGAGACCCCGCUGCCAAUUGACCUUUACCGUUACGUCGACGUGUCUGGAGCCCUGGAGCAGUUUGGCAAAUUCAGCGUCAUCACCUACGACCUGAACCAGGUCAUCACCACUCACGCCAUGAAACACACCAAGAUCUUCAACGCAAACGGCCAGGUCAUCGAAGUUCAGUACGAACUCCUGAAAUCCAUCGCCUACUGGAUGACCCUUCAGUAUGACAGCAUGGGCCGGGUCAUCGUCUGCGACAUCCGUAUCGGCGUCGACAGCAACAUCACCCGUUACUCCUACGAGUACGACGCGGACGGUCAGCUCCAGGCCGUCUCCGUUAACGACCAGCCACAGUGGCGCUAUAGUUACGACCUGAAUGGAAACAUUAACCUGCUGAGUCACGGGAACAGUGCCCGUCUCACGCCUCUGCGCUACGACCUGCGCGACCGCAUUACCCGACUCGGAGAAAUCCAGUACCGCACCGACGAGGAUGGCUUUCUGCGUCUCCGUGGCAACGUAGUCUUUGAGUACAGCUCUAACGGGCUGCUGACCGGGGCGUCGGAGCGGGAGUCGGGUCGACGUGUUUGGUACCGUUACGAUGGACUGGGUCGGCGUGUGGCCAGCCGGACUAGUGAAGGCGCCCAGCUGCAGUUCUUCUAUGCAGACCUGACGGAACCGACCCGGGUCACGCAUAUUUACAACCACAGUAGCGCCCAAAUCACCUCCCUCUACUACGACCUGCAGGGACACCUCAUCGCCAUGGAGAUGAGCACGGGAGAGGAGUUCUACGUGGCAUGUGACGUGGCAGGCACGCCCCUGGCUGUGUUCAGCAGUCGUGGGCGUCUGAUAAAGGAGCUACGCUACACGCCUUACGGAGACAUCUACCAAGACUCCAACCCCAGCUUCACGCUUGUGUUCGGCUUCCAAGGCGGACUCUAUGACCCUCUGACUCGCCUGGUGCACCUGGGUCGCCGUGACUAUGACGUGGUCGCUGGGAGAUGGACGACACCCAAUCAUGAGCUUUGGGCGGAGUUAAGCAUAGACCCAAAGCCCUUUAAUCUGUAUGCCUUUAAGAACAAUUAUCCUCUGGGAAAAGUACAGGAUGUGGCCAGAUUCACCACAGACAUCAGUAGCUGGUUGCAGUUGUUUGGAUUCCAGCUGCACAAUGUGGUUCCAGGUUACCCCAAACCCACUGUGGAGAAAACCGAACAAGUCUAUGAGAUGUCUUUCUCUCAGAGCCGGACUCAGGAAUGGGACACCAGCAAGGUGGUCCUUGGUAUUCAGUGCGAGCUCCAGAAACACUUGCGUAACUUUAUAUCUCUGGAACGUCUCCCAAUGAGCACAGCCAAUGGGAGCCCAGCUAAUGGAAGCCCAGCCAAUGGGAGGCCUGGAGGCCGUCAGGGAAGGAGACCCAGAUUCUCCGCCCUGUCCUCCAUCUUUGGGAAAGGCGUGAAGUUCUCUAUCCAGGACGGGCUGGUCACCACGGAGAUAAUAGGCGUGGCGAGUGAAGACAGUCGUCGGGUGGCGGCUGUUUUAAACAGAGCAGUUUACCUGCAUGGCCUGCACUUCACCAUCAACGGCCAAGACACACACUUCUUCACCAAGGCCGGCCCCUUGGAGGCAGAUCUGGGUGUGGCAGGGGGAGGGGCCGUGGGUGGCGUCAGAGUACUAGAGAAUGGUGUGAACGUAUCAGUCUCGCAGAUGAGCUCUGUGGUUGCCGGGGAAACACGGCGUUUUGCUGACAUCACGCUACAGCAGGGGGCGCUGUGUUUUAAUGUUCGCUACGGGGCUAUGCCUGAUGAAGAGAGGGCACGCGUGCUGGAGGCAGCAAAGCUCAGAGCUGUACAGGGGGCGUGGCAAUGGGAGCAAAGGCGGGUCCAGGAGGGGGAGGGCGGGACCAACACGUGGACAGACAGCGAGAGGGAGGAGCUCCUUUCAGAGGGGCGUGUCUCAGGUUAUGAGGGUUUUUAUGUAUUACCUGUAGAACAGCACCCCGAGCUGGCCGACAGUUCUCACAACAUUCACCUGCUGAGACUCACUGAUGCUGGCAAGAGGUAA